CCAGGCUUUCACUUCUCGUCUCAUUUUCGUCUCAUCUCAUUCGUCGUCUCAUUUCUCAACCCUUUCCUAAAACUUGCACUUUGUACUUUCAUUACCACAGCUGCGAAACAUUUCCCAUCUACUCCACAUAUUUAUUAUAUCAUUCAAGGUUCAAAUUGUUAAUUUAAAAUAAAUCGUAAUCCAUACAUAAACACAUAUUUAAGACGUCGUUGCUGUUUCACACUUUACUUCAACAUCAAAGCAUAAUGGCGAACCAGAUGAGGGCAACUGUUUUUCGCCAUCCAGAAAUUGGUUCAUUCUUUCAAGCACAACCAAAGCUAGAAAAUCCUUUUAUCGCAGAUGGAUUUCUACGAAGGACGCUCAUUCGGAUGCUGCCGGCAGAGAUUUACGAAGUCGUGUCAAAAGACUUGACACGAUUCGGAGAACGGGUUCGCAAUGAGUUGGAACCAUUAGCUGACCAGUGUGAGAAAAAUCCACCAUAUCUCACGCAAUUUUCCCCCUGGGGAAAGAGGGUCGACGACAUUGUUACCUGCGAUGCGUGGAAAACAAUGAAAAAGGUCGCAGCGGAAGAAGGGAUUGUAGCGAUCGGCUAUGAUAAGCAAUAUGGGGAGUACAAGAGGCUCUAUCAAUUCGCCAAAUCUCUUUUGUUCACCCCAUCCUCGGGGUUAUAUAGCUGUCCGAUUGCUAUGACCGACGGAGCUGCCAAAACAAUUCAGACACUUGGAAUAAAAAAACUCGACUUUGCUUUUAAACGCCUAACCUCUCGGGACCCAUCAGAAUUCUGGACAUCUGGGCAGUGGAUGACUGAGCGUGGGGGUGGCUCGGACGUGGGGACGGGGACAGAGACGGUUGCCAUCCCAAAGUCGGAUGGAAAGUACACGCUGCACGGGUACAAGUGGUUCUCCUCAGCCACAGAUUCCGAUAUGGCUAUCACGCUCGCGAGGGUGGCAAAUUCCGAUGGAACAGUCAAUCCGGGUUCCAGCGGCGUAUCCAUGUUUUUUCUCAAGACUCGAAAUGAUGAUAAAAAUGGCUCCUUAAACAACAUUCAAGUGAUGAAAUUGAAAAAUAAAUUGGGAACACGGCAAUUGCCCACUGGCGAACUUCUUCUGGACGGAACUGAGGCUGAACUGAUAUCAGAUUUUGGCCGUGGAAUCCCUUCAAUCACCCCCAUGCUGACCUCAACUCGAAUUCAAAAUGCAACUGCCAGUGUUUCUGGAAUGCGAAGGAUACUUAAUUUGGCGAGAGACUACAGUAAACGAAGGGUAUGUUUUGGACUACCCAUUGCUAAAUACCCUUUGCAUAUCAAUACCAUGGCUCAACUAGAACUAGAAACACGAGGAGGAACAAGUUUGCUUAUGGAGACGGUGAGAAUGUUGGGACGAUCCGAAGAAGGAACUAAUGAACCAGACGAGGAACAUAUUCUUCGUCUCCUUACGCCUGUUCUAAAACUGUACACAGCAAAGAAGGGAAUGUCCGUGAUGUCGGAAGGGCUCGAACUUUUUGGAGGACAAGGUUAUAUUGAAGAUACAGGAAUUCCAAAACAUUUUCGCGACGCACAGGUACUGCCAAUCUGGGAGGGGACAACAAAUAUUCUAUCGCUGGACGUUUUACGAGCUAUAGGCAAAUCCAAAGGCGAAACCCUAAAUGCCUUUGAACGCAAUUUAAAGAAGAGACUGAAACAAAGUGAGACAGCUCGUCCCGAACUUUCUUCCUCAGUGUCGUCCGUGGGCAAUCAACUUGACAAAUUAAUUCGCACUCUUAGGGAACAUUUGGUGCAAGAGUCUGCUGCUCGUUUGUAUGCCUUUGCCAUAGGAGACGUUGCGAUCGGAACGUUUCUCCUUGAGCAUGCAGCAUCCAAAGCUGCUGAUAAGACAGACCUAACCGCUGCCAUACGAUGGGCGCAACAUAUUCCAAAAUUUGAGGAACUUUUGGCAAGACAUGAAACACAACCAGAUACUGAUUCCAACGAGCUUGUCUUUGACUGUUAUGAGAACACAGAUUAAUAUAGAUAAUAUCCGCAUAUAUAGAAAAUAGACUAUAAGUACAAUGCUACUUGUGACCUGGCUCUCUUGAUGUUAUUUUUAUCAAGAUUCACAUUUCAACUUAUUUAACUAAAUAAAAUAUUUCAUGAUGGUGGUGCAUUUACUUUAUUGAAGAUAAAA